AAAAGCAGUUCGCAGCCAGCCACUAAAACUGGGACCACGGUAUAAAUAAAGGAUUUUCCUUGGGAUGAGUUCAUAUUGUCCUGUGGCUCUUGAAAUCUUGAUGAACAUGGAUGCCCAUACCCCUACCAAAAGAGAGGCGGAUGCUCUCCAACAAGACUUGCUGCGCCUGCGAAAAGAGAAUGAAGCUCUGAGAUUCUUGCUUCAAGCUAUGACCACCAAAUGCAACACACUUGAGCAGCUAAUCCGAGAGAAAAACAUUCAACGACAUGAUCAGUUUCCGGUUGCCCAGAAGACAACUCAGUUUCUUGUGAGAACCGACUCCAAAGACAACACCCUAAUUGUGAAAGAUGGAUAUCAAUGGAGGAAAUACGGACAGAAGGUUACGAAAGACAACCCAUCAUCCCCUCGAGCUUAUUUCAAGUGUUCCUUGGCUCCUCGAUGUCCAGUCAAGAAGAAGGUGCAGAGAUGCAUGGUGGAUAAGUCUGUUCUUGUGGCAACAUAUGAAGGAGAGCACAACCAUGACGCCAUCAAUGGCUCACCACUUGGACAAUUUUGCUGUUCAUCAUCCACAGCUGAUCAUAAUAAUAAUAUUAUUAUUAAUCCUAUUAAUUUUCCUUCGCAUGGUACCUCGGCAAAUAUUAAUAAUAAUGAUGUCAUAAAUAUUGUUAGCCCUUCGAAUUCUUCUCGGCCGGUGCCUAUCACCCUUGAUCUGACACUCUCGGGAUCCACGAACAAUCAAGAAAAUAAUGGAUCAGCUGGAAGCCCUCAAAACUCAUCAUCAUGUGCCCAGAACAUCAACUGUGAAAGUAGAAUUGAAGAUUACGUUGCUCAUUUAACCAAAGAUCAUAAUUUCACACAAGCUUUGGCUGCUGCAGUUGCAAGCUCCAUUACAAGACCUUCUGCAGACAGACAAAACCAGUGAACUUUUAACUUAGCCUAGAAUUGCAAGACUUCUGUAAGCAAUAGCUUCUUUUGUUGUCUUCCUCUCGUUGAGAAAACCAAGAGUUAUUUCCUUGUACUAUUUUUUGCUGGUCUGAUGAGGAUGAUCAUUCGUUUUAGUGUUGUUUGGGAGGUGUUGAUGUUAGA